AUGGAGACCAGCCACCCCACUAUCGCUGAUGCGAGAGAAUUCGCUGAAGGUGUUAGAAAGGUGUACCCAGACAAAAUGUUCGCCUACAAUUGCUCACCGUCGUUCAACUGGAAGCAGCAUCUUAGCCCAGCCCAAUUGGAGAAGUUCCAAAAGGUUCGUUCUAGCCGUAAAGUACGAUUUCUUCCGGGUAAACAACGAUUUCUGCUUAUAGGAACUUGGUGCUUUGGGUUUCAAUACCAAUUCAUCACCUUGGCCGGAUUCCACGCAAACAGCUUCAGCAUGUUUGACCUAGCUCGUAACUACAGGGAUAAGGGAAUGCUGGCGUAUUCUAACCUCCAGGAGCAGGAGUUCGCAGCUGAACAGCACGGCUAUUCGGCCGGUGAAACACCAACGAGAGGAGGUCUGUCUAGCACCACUGCUCUGACUGGCUCUACUGAAGAAGCUCAGUUCCACACAGCCACAGCCAGCAGUGAAGAUGAGGAAAUCCUCAUGCUUACUGUCCCAAUGUCGCCUGGAGACGAGAAAAUCCUCACCCCUGAUGCACUCCGCUUCAUCAAAGAGCUCAACCUCAAAUUUGACGCUAAACGACGUUCGCUUCUGAAGAAACGCAUUCAAGUACAAAAUGAACUCAAUGAUGGCGUCUAUUUCCCUGACUUCUCACCUGACACUGCCAAGCUAAGGGAGGAUCUCUCGUGGAAGGGAGCUGAAAUCCCACAUGACCUUCAGGAUCGCCGGGUGGAGAUCACGGGUCCAACUGAUCGCAAGAUGGUCAUCAACGCGCUGAACUCUGGCGCUAAUGUAUUCAUGGCCGAUUUUGAAGACUCAAACACCCCAUCGUGGAGGAACCAAGUCGAUGGCCAAAUCAAUCUGUACGAUGCUGUUAGAAACAAUAUCUCUUAUGUGCAGCCAUCCACAAAGAAGGAGUACACCCUCAACAAAUCAGCUCUGGCGGACAAGGGCAGUGGCGCCUACUUCUACCUGCCCAAACUGCAGAACGCCGAGGAGGCGAAGUUGUGGGCAGAGGUGUUCGCUUUCUCCGAGGAAAGACUCAAUCUACCUAAGGGAACCAUCAGAUGUACUGUACUCAUCGAGCAUCUUCUGGCAAGCUUCCAGAUGAACGAAAUCAUCUACGCGCUCAAAGACUACAUCAUUGGAUUGAACUGCGGCCGCUGGGACUACAUCUUCUCUUACAUCAAGACGUUCCAAAAUCACAGAAAAUUCCUUCUGCCAGACCGAUUCCAGAUUGGCAUGACUUCACCAUUCAUGCGAGCAUACUCCCUUCUCUGCAUCAAGACAUGUCAUCAACGAGGGAUCCAUGCCAUGGGUGGAAUGGCCGCUCAAAUCCCUAUUAAGAACGAUGAUGUUGCCAACAGCAAAGCGCUCGCCUUAGUUCAUCAGGACAAAGAGCGAGAAGCCACAGACGGACAUGAUGGAACAUGGGUCGCCCACCCAGGACUGGUACCGAUCGCCAAAAAGGUCUUCGACGAGUUGAUGCCCACUGCGAAUCAGAUUGAGAAACAGCUUCAAAGCUUCUCUGUCACGAACCAGGACAUGACAGCUAUUCCCGAAGGAACUCGUACCGACCAGGGCUUCCGACACAAUAUUAGCGUUACCCUUGGAUACCUUGACUCAUGGCUACGUGGUGUUGGCUGUGUACCGCUCUACAACCUAAUGGAGGAUGCUGCUACAGCAGAAAUCAGUCGCUCACAGCUCUGGCAAUGGCUGAGACAUGAUGCCCGACUAGAGGAUGGCCGAACCAUCGAUGCUCAAUUGGUCAAGCAGACAAUCGCUGCGGAAACCGAGAGGCGACUCAUCCGAGCAGGAUCAGUUGUCAGCAGGCUUCCUGAAGCAGCUGAACUCUUGGAGAAAUUCGCCCUUGAAGAGCACAUGAGCGAUUUCCUCACACUGGACGCCUAUGACAAGCUUGUUUCCGAAGGACAUUAG